GGCCGAGCCCGUCCGUCGGCGUCCCCCUCCUGACGGGUCGGGCGGCUGCCGAGGGCGGACAGGCGGCAGGCGGGGAGGGCCGGGGGCUGACGUGGCCCGCCUGAGUCAGGUUUGGUCGCCGCCUUCCUCGAGUCUGGGAGAUUUAAAAGCGUCGCUCGGCAGCGCGGACCGGAGAGGCCACGGCCGGAGAGCUGCAGCCCCCAAAGCGCGCGCGAGGGAAGCGCCGACGAAGCCGCCAUGCGAAGGGCCAGCCGCGCGUGCCGGGCGCCGCCUCCAGCCUCCUGCCCGGGCGGGAGCGGCGUCGCCGGCGGCGGCCCCCUCGCCCCCCGCAAGCUGCAGUCGGGCCGGGGAGCCCCCGGGCGGCUGCCCGUCCUCUUCCUCCUCGUCUUUGGGGUGAGCUUGUGUAAAGGUGCACCAGUAGCGCCCAGCAUUCUACAAGAAGAAAAAGAUUUGCAGUUGUGGAAUGAGAUAGAUGAUGUGUGCUCUGCUUACCUGGCCAGGGACACUCAGCUUCAGUCAUCUAAUACAUUGGAAGAGCUUUGCUUUAUGGUUCUGGGACUUCUACAGAAAACUCAGGGGUUAGAUGAAAAAGAUCACUCCAAAAGAUCGUCUGUCCUGCAUCCUUUGCUGCAACUUGUUCCCCAACUGCAUGAGAAGAGGCCGAAGAGGAAGAACUUCGAAUACCUGGAGGAAUUCAAAGUAGAGGAUAUUUUAUCUUCAGGGACCAAAGGAAGAAAUCUGGGACUUUAUCCUCAGAGUGAGCCACGCAAUGGGAGGAGAUCAACUGCAUUUCGUUAAAAAGGAUUCUUCAUUCUUUGACCUAAAAUUGUCAUAGGAUUGCAGACAACAUGGGUGUCCUUUCCUUUACCAUAAGUACAAGUUAUUUUGUAAUAUAUAUAUUCCAUCUACAGUGUAAAUUUGUUAAAAUGAAUUAAGUUGUAAUUUUUUUCUUGAAACACCUUAAAAUCUGUUCCCUUAUGUUUAUAUGGUUGCAAUUAUGUGAAAUAAAACUGUAAACAAAAUAAUGUUGGUGUUAGAUGCCUGCAUGCAGAAGACAUUGUCCAUAGCAGUAUUACUAUUUUUUUUCAUUGUAAAUAAAGGCACUCAGUAGAGAGCUGUUUUCAGUGAGAAUAUUUUAAUGCAAAAUUUUCUGUUCUAUCAUCAUCCUUUUCAUAAUUCAUGCCCUAGGAGUUGCCAUUACAAUGUAAGUGUUUUGUGAAACAGCUAAACUGGUAUUAUCUAACAGGUCCUCCUUGCAUAUGUUUGAUGUUUCCGCUACUGAAACAAAACAACUACAACACUUAACAGUGUAAAAGGGGGACAUUGGAUGCCAUGGAGGCAAUUCACAUUCGGAACACAUAUCUAGCAAUAGCCAGCUAUUGAGCUAAUUGCAUUUAGUAAUUCCAGUGAUAGAGCAGUGUUAGAUUAUUAUAGCAAAACAAUAGAAUCCUGUGGCACCUCAAAGACUAAUACAGUUUGGUGUAGUGGUUAAGAGCACAGGACUCUAAUCUGGAGAGCCGGGCUUAAUUCUCCACUCCUCCACUUGAAGCCAGCUGGGUGACCUUGGGCUAGUCACAGCUCUCCCAGAGCUUUCUCAGCCCCACCCACCUCACAGGGUGUUUUGUUGUGGGGAUAAUGAUGACAUACUUUGUAAACCGCUCUGAGCGGGGAUUAAGUUGUC